UGGCUCCGAGGUCCGUUAACCGUAAGACUGCCGGCAUUAAUAGCAGAGAGGAUGUCAGCCAAACUCCAGUCCAUGAGGCCCUACAUGCCAAUUGAGUUUUCCAGGAGACCAAGGUCGCUUAGGGAGUUGGACCGUUGGAAGGCAACUGAAUUCCGAUGGUUCUUACUGUACACUGGCCCUGUGGUGCUGGCAGGAUUCCUGGAUCGGAACAUGUACUGUAAUUUCAUGCUCCUGUCAACUGCUAUAUCCAUGUUGGUAAGCCCUGAACAUCUCAACCUUGCUGACUAUGCUGGACAAAUGCUAAAAUCUUUUGUCCACCAUUUUGGUGAGCUUUAUGGGACAGACCAGAUUGUGUACAAUGUCCACUGUCUGGUCCACCUGGCAGAUGAGGUGAAGAGGCAUGGCUGUCUGGACUCCUUUUCAGCGUUCCCAUAUGAGAAUCACCUUAGGAAAAUAAAAAAACUAAUUAGAAAACCUGAGUUCCCUCUACCUCAGCUCAUUCGGCGCCUUUCAGAGGUUACAGCUACCAAAUCAGAUGCUGAUGCAGACUUGUCACUGAAAAGGGAGCAUUUUGUGGGCCCAAUUGUUGUUGGCAUGGAAGUUCAUGCACAAUAUGGGGAAAUGCAAUGUGAAAGGUGGACCGUCAAAUUAUCAACAGGGGACAACAUGUUUCUGGUGGGGGAUAAAGUCUGCCUUAUCAAAAACAUUAUCAAAAAUGAUAAUGGUGUGUAUGCUAUUUACACAGAAUUUUCCCGGCAGUCUCCAUUCCAUACCUACCCCUUCAACUCUGACAGAAUGAACAUAUUUUUUGUAAAUGAUCCAUCUGUUGAGCUGAAGUUGGUUGAGGUGUCAGCGCUGCGACAGAAAUGUGUAGCCUUGCCGUACAGAGAUGGUUUCGUGGCCAUACCCCUCCUCCACUAAAUGAAACAAAAAAACUACAAAAAAAAGUUCAAGUUCAAAUCCGUUAAAACAAUCAGUUAGGAGUUCAAAGCUGUUCAAUUAAUCAGUUUAAACAAUCAGUUCAAGUUACAAACUCUAAUACUAUAGUUGACUACCGACUUAUGACUAUGACUUCCAGUACUCUGGAUGGAGAAUAGCUGUAAGUAUUAUACGAAAGUUGGUAUUAUUCCUUGCACUACACCUAUAAUUUCAAGCUGAAGUUCUGAAAAUUAUGACCUGUACUUUUACCUUUCUUAUAGUUCAUACCACCUUGGAGCACCAUUCAGGAUGCCUUUUCAUCUGAUAAAGUUUCGAAUGAACGGGGACGUUGCGGUGGUCCCAACUGGAUGGUACUAUGAUGGGAUUGUUUUCUGGCCCACCUAUAAAUACACUGACCGAAUUAAAAAGGCCGCUUUAAAUGAGGAGCAGCAUGGGCCAAACUGGCCAAAAUUUGAUGCUUCUGUUGUCCGAACUUGUGACAACUACAAAGACGCAUUAAAAAUAAUGCAGCAAUAUGAAAAGGGCUGCGACACCUCAGACCUGCUAUCUGAGGCAGAGAAUAAGGAGCUGCCAGAAAAAAGGAGCAGGAAGGCAGUCCAUCGUCUCGGGGACUCUGAUGACAGCGAGGAAGACCCGGGAAAUAGUGACCGCGCAUCGGCAAGCCAAUUGCACAGGCAGACUCCACAGUCUCGCCGAGUGCCAGCAGUCAUGAGUACACAAGGAACGGCAGUCCCUCCUCAACUCCCUCCACCCCCCGCACCAGCAGCCCUCAACAUGUGGCAGACUCAGGAGCCUCAUGCAUCCAGUCUGGCCUACAGGCCAACAUGGCGAGGGGGAAGAAUGGCCGACUACAUCUCCUGCUCUGCGCCUGAGAUGACCCACCUCUUUAGCCUGCUGGAACAUAUGAAGCAGAACCAAGAACAGCUGAUUUUGAAGAUUUCUUCUUUGGCCACCGUUGGAGGCCAGGAUGUGAAGCGGGUGACCUGGAACAUCCUGGGCAGGAUGUUCACAGAUGGCGUUUCACAUCAGAUAAAUUGGAAGGGCGUCAAUAACAAAAAGGCCUUUAGCAGGAUGGCAACAAAGACCUUGCUUUUCAGUGCUGUCAGAAAAAAUUUAUUGACAAGGUCAGCCACGGACGCGGAGGUCACAAAACACGCCAUCAGGUGGUUCAACCUGGCGGGGGAUCGGGCAGCGAGGAGACGAGUCCUGCCUCCACCUUCUCAGGAGGAAUAGAAAUGAUAAUGAAGCAGUAGCAGCAGACUCAAUGUUACAAUCCAACAACCUGAAGACACAGACUGCGCUUCAACAGAUGUUUGUGAAUCUAUCAAAGCUGCCCUCAUUAACCCUGCUGACUGGCCACACCAUUUGACUGAUACACUAAGAAUUGAAUUACUUAGCCGAGGAUCUUACGAGGUAAACUCAGACUUCAUGUUCCCUAAAAGAGAUGAUGGAAGAAAUUUCCAUUUCCACUGCUUCCACAGACAUUUAGUGAACACAGAGAAAAUUAAGUGAACGGAGCUCAUGCAUUCCCCCAAUUUUCCCCCUAUGUCAUUUGCACUACAUUUGUAGGUGUGAAGUUAUUAUUUUAUCUCAGGUUAAUUAUUUA